AACAAUGAUGAUGAAGGUGCGUUAAAUUUCAUUAUCCUUGAGGACAAGAAAAGUCUUGAAGAGGAGGGGAAUGAUACGGAAGUGGUCAUCAACCCCGGUGAGUCAAGCGAUGGAAUGAUCGAAGAUCUCGAUUUAUGGUUGGAAAAUAUGCUGGAGGAGCCAUCUAGUCCGAUUUACCAACCAUCAUGCGUGAGAGGUUGGCCAAAAGGAUGUGGUCCAAGGUCGAAGCUGAAGGCUAGGAAACGCAAGGCCAAGAGACGAUGGAAGGCAAAGGCUAAAAAGGCGAGUCAUUGUUGCGGGCCUU